GCGAGCCCAAAAUGGCGGCUCUCAGGCUGGCGCGCUCCGUGCUGCUGAGGCUUUGAGGUGGUCGCCGGGGGGCCGGAGGGGGACGAUUGCCCCGCCGCGGGGCCCCCAGAGAAUGAAUCGGGGGCUCUGCUGAGGCGAGGCGGCGGGGCUGGAGGGCAGUGGCAGCAAAGGGCUGCUGUGGCGUCCACGCAGCGGGAUGUGCGAGAGUUACUCCAGGUCGUUGUUGAGGGUCUCGGUGGCGCAGAUCUGCCAGGCGCUGGGCUGGGACUCGGUGCAGCUCAGCGCCUGCCACCUCCUCACCGACGUCCUGCAGCGCUAUCUGCAGCAGUUGGGCCGAGGCUGCCAUCGGUACUCUGAACUCUAUGGCAGAACAGACCCGAUCUUGGAUGAUGUUGGUGAAGCCUUCCAACUUAUGGGGGUUAAUCUGCAUGAACUAGAAGACUAUAUUCAUAAUAUUGAACCUGUCACUUUCCCACAUCAAAUUCCUUCAUUUCCUGUCAGCAAGAACAAUGUCCUUCAGUUUCCUCAGCCUGGAAGUAAAGAUGCAGAGGAAAGAAAAGACUACAUCCCGGAUUACCUGCCACCCAUCGUGUCUUCUCAAGAAGAGGAAGAGGAAGAACAGGUGCCCACUGAUGGGGGCACCUCAGCAGAAGCCAUGCAGGUGCCCUUGGAAGAAGACGAUGAAAUGGAGGAGGAGGAAGUCAUCAAUGAUGAGAAUUUCUUGGGUAAGAGGCCACUGGACAGUCCUGAAGUGGAAGAAAUGCCCACCAUGAAGCGCCCACGACUCCUGAGCACUAAAGGGGACUCCCUGGACGUUGUACUGUUGGAAGCCCGAGAACCUCUAAGCUCAAUAAAUCCACAAAAGAUCCCACCAAUGCUUUCUCCUGUGCAUGUCCAGGACAAUACAGAUCUGGCCCCUCCUUCCCCAGAGCCCCCGAUGUUGGCUCCAUUUGCAAAGUCACAACUACCAACCGCAAAGCCAUUAGAAACAAAGUCAUUUACACCGAAAGGAAAGACUAAAGCUAGCUCUCCAGGACAGAAGACUAAGUCACCCAAGACUACGCUAUCACCAGCAAGGCUUGGAAGUCCUAUUAGGUCACCAAAAACUAUCCCUAAAGAAAAGAAGUCACCUGGCCGUUCUAAGAGCCCCAAGAGUCCCAAGAGCCCCAAGAUUGUAACUCAUGCUCUCCAACUCCCUGCCAGACCCGAAACACCAAAUAGGACCCUUUCAGCUCUGGUGGUUGAAAAAACUGUUAAAGAGACCGUCCCAAUGAAACCAAUACAGACACCCCCAGAAGUUGGGAAACUGAGCAUUGAGAUGCAGCCCAAAAAGGCUGUGGUGACAGACAAAACCAUUGAUGACUCCAUCGAUGCUGUGAUCGCACGCGCCUGUGCAGAGCGGGAGCCAGAUCCUUUUGAAUUUUCUUCCGGAUCAGAAUCCGAAGGAGACACGUUUACAAGUCCUAAGAGGAUUUCAGGUUCAGAGUGCACCACUCCAAAAGCUUCCACUUCCUCCAAUAACUUCACUAAGUCUGGGUCGACUCCUCUGCCUCUUUCUGGUGGAACCUCAAGUUCCGAUAACUCAUGGACAAUGGAUGCCUCAAUUGAUGAGGUGGUACGGAAGGCAAAAUUGGGAACCCCUUCCAACAUGCCUCCCGCCUUCCCGUAUAUCUCUUCUCCCUCUAUUUCCCCUCCCACUCCCGAACCUCUGCACAAGGGGUAUGAGGAGAAAGCCAAGCUGCCUUCGUCUGUGGAUGUAAAGAAGAAGUUGAAAAAAGAACUGAAGACUAAGUUGAAAAAGAAAGAAAAGCAGAGAGAUAGGGAGAGGGAAAAAGAGAGAAACAAAGAAAGAAGCAAAGAGAAGGAUAAAAUGAGAGAGAGGGAGAAGGAAAAGGAAGCUGGAAAGGAAGUCAGGUACCCAUGGAAGGAGUUGAUGAAAGACGAAGAAUCUGACCCCUAUAAGUUUAAAAUCAAAGAAUUUGAAGACGUUGAUGCAAAAGUACGAUUGAAAGAUGGAAUUGUGAGGAAGGAAAAAGAGAAGCAUAAAGACAAGAAGAAAGAUCGAGAAAGAGGCAAGCGAGAUAAAGAUAGGAGGGAAAGGGAAAGGGGUAAAGAAAAAAGCAGAGAAGACAAGAUAAAGGCCCCUCCAACACAGCUGGUGUUACCCCCGAAAGAAAUGGCGCUGCCUCUCUUCAGCCCUUCUGCCGCAGUGAGGGUUCCGUCCAUGCUGCCCGCCCUGUCGCCAAUGCUCCCAGAAAAACUGUUUGAGGAAAAAGAGAAGCCCAAGGAGAAAGAAAGAAAAAAGGACAAAAAGGAAAAGAAGAAGAAGAAAGAGAAGGAGAAGGAAAAGGAGAAGAAAGAGAGGGAGAGGGAGAAAGAGAAAAGGGAGAAAGAGAAGAGAGAGAGAGAGAAGGAGAAACACAAGCAUGACAAAAUAAAAGUGGAGCCUGUCGUCCCAGCCUCAAGUCCAGUUAUCCCCAGGUUGACUCUGCGAGUUGGCGCUGGCCAAGACAAGAUUGUCAUCAGCAAGGUGGUACCAGCUCCCGAGGCUAAGCCUUCCCCUUCUCUGAACAGACCUAAAACCCCACCUCCAGUCCCAGUUCCUGUUCCUGUGCGUGUAAGCCCUACUCCCCUGCCACCACCACUCCUUGCCCAGGCUGCAAUGUGCCCAGCCCUGAUGCCAUCCCCAGCCCCUGCCCUCUCUGGAGCAGGGAGUGCCAAAGCCCCAGUACGGAGCGUGGUGACAGAGACAGUCAGCACUUAUGUGAUCCGUGAUGAGUGGGGCAAUCAGAUCUGGAUCUGUCCAGGGUGUAACAAGCCUGACGACGGGAGUCCGAUGAUUGGCUGUGAUGACUGUGACGAUUGGUACCACUGGCCCUGUGUUGGAAUCAUGGCUGCUCCUCCAGAAGAGAUGCAGUGGUUCUGCCCCAAGUGUGCCAACAAGAUAAAGAAAGAUAAGAAGCACAAGAAGAGGAAGCACCGCGCGCACUGACGUCAGCAUGGCAGCACUGCUGCCUGCACCAGGUCGGGACCGGACCGCCUCUGCCAUCUUGUCUCCCCCAGGCCCUGAGGACAGCGCAUCCCAGAGGACCAAGGACAAGAACAUGCCCUCGCUCUGGAUGCUCCUUUCUGAAACACAAGGGCUUGCGCUCCCAUGGCAUGUUCCUGAAGAGACACUGCAGGGGAGGCGUGGCCUGAGAGCUGGCACCUCCGCCUGCUUAUUACCAGUGACAAGUAUUAAUAAAGACACCACACAUCUUCCCUCUUGAUUUCCUUCUCUCCAGAACCUUCCAUUACGGAAUUAGAUAAGAAGUGAUGUACAAAUGCCUUGACUGUAAUUGAAGGAUGCAUCAUUAGCUAUACAGUUUGCAAGCC